UAAUGAAAAAAGUUUACACAGUUCCAACACCAAGGGAACAAAAACCCAUAAUUUAAUAAAGGAGUUAAUAGGAUAUAAUAAUGUAUCAUUCAAAUAUUCAUAUGAAGAUAAUAAGGUUAAUUUGGUUAUAUACCUGAUUAAGCUACAAAAAAAGAAUAGUCAUAAAAACCUUCUAGACCAUAUUUAAUGUUUAAACCAAAGUUAAUCGAAGAGAUUGAUGAGAACAACAUGAAAAAGAUGAAGUUAUCUUUCCAUAACUCUAUAACAGACCUAUAAACUUUUGAAGAAUUAGCUUAAUAAUAAAAGCCAAGAGAAUCCACUCCAAAUUUAAAUUAAACUCCUUCAGAAAAGACUAAGACUUUUGUCAGGUAACUCUUCAUUAUAAUAAUAAUAGAAAGUCUAUGAAACACUUAACUCAGCUAUGA